AUGAAAACAAUUUUAAUUAAAAGCAGGCACAACUACGGUGAAAAAGACAACGGCAAGAAUUGUAUAUUAUCCUGCGAGAAAAGGAAAGCUGAUGAUGGAGACAUUAACAAAGAUCUCAAAAAGGCAAAACUAGAGACAAAAGCAUUAAAGGCAAAAAGACCUGGUUUUACGGACGACAGAUACAAUGAAACAUCUUACUAUAUGGAAAAUGGACUCAGGAAAGUGUACCCAUAUUACUUCACAUUUACCACCUUCACAAAAGGCAGAUGGGUCGGCGAGAAAAUUCUCGAUGUCUUCGCGAGGGAAUUCAGGGCGCAUCCCGCGGCCGAAUACGAAAGGUGCAUCAGAGCUGGCACCCUCACGGUCAACUAUGAAAGAGUUGACCCCGAUUACAGACUCAAACACAACGAUCUACUAGCUAACGUUGUCCAUAGGCACGAAGUACCAGUGACGAGCCAACCCAUCAACCUCGUACAUAUCGACGAGGACAUAGUGGUUGUCAACAAACCAGCCUCUAUUCCCACACUCAGUUCGUACUUACUUUGGGCCAGGCACGAGACCCCCGUGCUCGCUUGUCCCUUGCGCAUCAUUUACGCUGACGAGGACCUACUCGUGCUAGACAAGCCAUGCUCGCUGCCGGUUCACCCUUGUGGCCGGUAUAGGCACAACACAGUGGUAUUUAUCCUCGCCAAGGAGUACAACUUGAAGAACUUGAGGACCAUUCACAGACUCGACAGGCUCACGUCAGGUCUCUUGCUAUUCGGCCGAAGUCCAAAGAAGGCAAGACAGAUGGAACAUCAGAUAAGAAAUCGGCAGGUGCUGAAGGAAUACGUAUGCAGGGUUGACGGUGAAUUUCUUGAGGAAGAGAUCGAAUGCACAGAACCAAUAGAAGUUGUAAGCUACAAGAUCGGUGUAUGCAAAGUAUCGCCAAAGGGCAAGGACUGUUCUACAACGUUUAAGAGGCUUGGUUUCAACCCUCGCACCAACACCAGUGUAGUGCUGUGCCGGCCUAAGACCGGAAGAAUGCAUCAGAUCAGAGUGCACCUUCAGUAUUUGGGUUACCCAGUAGUUAACGAUCCGUUAUACAAUCAUCCUGUAUUCGGACCGCUACGGGGCAAAGGCGGUGAUACGGGAGGCAAGUCUGAUGAGGAGUUAGUGAGAGAUCUGAUUGCCAUACACAACGCUGAGAACUGGCUCGGCGUGGACGCUGCUGAUGAUGAUAUGCUCUUUUCUAAGCCUCCUACUGAUGAUAAAGUUGGCGAAGAUGAAUGCGAUACAGGACCAGCGUCACGAGAGUCUUCACCAAGGUUGGAGUCGCCGGCUCCUGGGAUAACCCCAUCUACAGUCAUGACGCCGACUCUAGCCAGUCCGUCGAGUGCGUCAGAGGCGCCGAUUGAGGAGAUGUGCAACAUUGCACAUUCGCCAGUUCUAUGCAACGAUGACUCUAGUGACGCUAAGUCGGACAAAGUAACCGUAGCGACACAGACGGGAUGCAGUACUCCUGGGGCGCCCCCUCAGGCCCCAAGUGGGUCAAACGGGUCUAGCCCUUCAGACGCGCUGACCGCUGAUCCCCAUUGUUACGAGUGCAGGGUGCGCUAUCGCGACCCACGUCCUAGGGACCUCAUUAUGUAUCUGCAUGCCUGGAAGUAUAAGGGACCAGGUUGGGAAUACGAGACGGAACUUCCUCAAUGGGCUGACGUUGAAUGGGAGGAAGCGGAUAGUUCAUAG